AUGUUUGAUUCUGUUCAAAAAUUGGUUACUGAUUUGUUUAAUUCAGGAGACAAUUAUGAACGUAAACAUAGAAGAGAUCCAAGAAAAGUUGAUUAUGGAAACUUAAAUGAUAUUAAAGCAAGAAGCCGAUAUUUUCCCAAAUCGAGCCAUAGACCAAGUUCCAAUAAUAUCAGUAAUACUAGGAAUAAUACAAUACCAAACAGAAUUGAUAGAGUUAAAUUCGAAGAUUUUCAAAAUGAUUCUCGUUCAAAAUCAAUAAAAAGGUCAUCCAACAAAAACUCCAAAAAUUAUGUAACUGAUAAACAUAGAAACCUUUUAACACAUAACCAUGAUAAAAUACCAACAUUAAAAAGAAAACAAUUAAAAACAAGGAAGUUGCAUAAUUAUUUUUUGAAAAAAUCAAGUUUAUAUUCAAUUUGGGAAUUUAUUCUCCAGAUAUUUUCCAAUGAUGCUCAUGAUCUGAAAUCAAUAAGAAACACUAGCAAACCUCUAAUAGAGUCACCGGAUAUAUCAACAAGCAAUGAUAAGCUUAUUAGGGAUAGAAUAGGUAGAAGCCAAGCAUUUAGAAAUAAGAUCCAGGAAUUCAAAAAAAAGGAUCGUACUUCUUCGAAACAACAGCCUAAAAGGCUACGUAAAAGACUUCCAAUAAAUAUAGAUAGCGCACGAUUAUUAAGAAACCCUCCAAUUUCUAAAAAAACCCAUAAUACUACCAUUCCAUAUAACGAAGAUAAUUUAACAUUAAAUAAUAAAUAUUUUGAUGAAGUUAAUCAAUUAAAGAGGAAAAUCAAAAAAUUAGCAUCCGAAUUAGAAAAUAAAGAUUCUGAAUUAGAAAAGAUUAGAAUACAGUUAAAGUUUGCCAAUGAAAAAAAUCAAUUAAGAGAAGACUUGCUAGACGAUGCAAAACUAGAUAAUGGCUACCUAAUAUCGCGUAGACAGAUUAAAAAUUUAGAAAAGCAAAAUGUGAAACCAAAAGAAGAACUAAUAUACUCACCAGUAAGGAUUCCUAAUCCCAAGUAUACUUCUAGUCCCAUGAAUAAACCUGGCACUUAUGACUCUAACCCUUUUAAUUACAUUGGUGAACCCAAAACACCUUAUCUUUAUGAUAAAUACCGUAAAUUACCUGAAACUGAACAAUUAAACAAAUUACAAAUACAAGAAACAAUACCAUCCAAUGACAAUGACUCCGGUGAAGAUAUAUCUUUGUCCCCUGUCGCAGUUGAUAUUUCCAAGUAUUCUUCUCAUUAA